AUUUGUUAGGCUUACAGAAGAAAAGAUAUGGAGGCAGAGGCUUACAGAACGUGAGAGCUCUCUCCGGAGUUGAUGAUAUGAACUGGAAAUUCCCAGUGGCUCUAUAAUACCUGAUUUCCCAAAUUUAAUCCACAAUUUUAUUUUCAAUUUAUCGAGUGGUUGCAUUGGAUUGCCGAUAUCGUCGGACGGUGCUGCGGCAAUGUGAGGCAGCAGGUAAAUGCUACAGCGAUGUUGGGCAACAGGUGGAUGCAGGCAAUUCUGGUGCUCCGACGACGUGGGUUUCUGUCGUAUCUAGUUCAAAUCCGAGAAGUCGACUGUGGAGUCGAGGUUCAAGCAUGAUGGCAGUUACGGUGGUGGGAUUCGACGGGCUGCCCGCAAGAUGAAAGCGUAUUUGUUUGUACUUGAAUCUUGAUCGUUCAUUAUUUGUUGAACGCUCAGGAUUAGAGGAUCCCAGGAAAGGGAUCCGGAGAUGAUCCCAACCCUUCUCGAAUGAGCAGCCGUGGAUUAUCCUCAGCCCACUGGGUUUUUCCUUUUUUUAUUUUUUAUUUUUUUAUUAUUUUUUUAAUAAAAAAAAACUUUACGUUUUUCACAUCAAUUUUACAAGUUUCCAAGCUCAUGACCGACCAAGCAAAUCACCGCCUCUGAGCUUUCGACCCACUUCCUUCUUCUUGUUCUCUGCCAUUUCCAAACCUCCGAAAAAACCCCAACUUUCAGAACCUGAUUAAAUUCUUGGCUCACCGAAUAAGGCCGCGGUCUCAAUUUUCGGCUUCGAAGCGAUGUCAGAGAAGUUCUCGGCGACGCUUCGAAUCGGAGAUCUCAACGAUUUCAUUGCACCGUCCCAGGGCUGCAUAGUCUCAGGCCUCAAAGCCUCCUCGACCAAGCCCUCUGCUAAGCCUGAGGUUUCAACUUCUGGCAAGCAAGUGAAAACGGAACCGGUUAAAAUUUCACUCAAAGAUUGCUUAGCAUGCAGUGGUUGCGUAACUUCAGCGGAGACAGUUAUGUUGGAGAAGCAAAGUUUGGAUGAGUUUCUUCUCAAUAUUGACAAAGGAAAAGCUGUCAUUGUCUCCCUAUCUCCCCAAUCAAGAGCUUCACUUGCCGUUUAUUUUGGAGUUUCGCCGCUUCAGGUUUUUAGGAAACUCACAACAUUUUUUAAGUCCUUGGGUGUAAAGGCUAUAUUUGACACAAGUACCAGUAGGGAUUUAACUCUUGUUGAAUCUUGUAACGAGUUCGUCUCAAGGUACAAACAAAGCCAGUUAUCUGAUGAUGAAAGGCAUCAAUCUUCCUUGCCUAUGAUUUCAUCAGCAUGCCCAGGUUGGAUAUGCUAUGCCGAAAAACAACUUGGAUCCUAUGUUCUGCCUUAUAUUUCAUCGGUGAAGAGUCCCCAGCAAACAAUUGGAGUUAUUGUUAAAAAUCAUGUAUGCCAAAAAAUGGGUCUUAGGCCAGCUGAUGUUUACCAUGUAACUGUGAUGCCUUGUUAUGAUAAAAAGCUUGAGGCUUCACGUGAUGACUUCGUUUUUGAAGUCGAUCAAUCCGAAAAUAAUGAAAAUGAAGGUCUUAGGGUUCCAGAGGUAGAUUCGGUGUUGACAUCUGGGGAAGUUUUAGAUCUCAUACAGUUGAAGGGAGUAGAUUUCAAAGGCUUAGAAGAGUCUCCACUAGAUAACAUGUUGACAAAUUUUAAUGAAGGGCAUCUUCUUGGUGUCCAUGGAAGCUCAGGGGGUUAUGCGGAGACAAUAUUCAGUUAUGCUGCUAAAGUGCUCUUUGGAAGAGAAAUCAAGGGCCCUAUUGAUUUCAAAACAGUUAAAAAUUCAGACUUCCAAGAAGUGACUUUGGAAGUGGACGGGAAGACUCUGUUGAAAUUUGCACUCUGUUAUGGCUUCCGUAACCUGCAAAAUGUUGUCAGGAAAAUCAAAAUUGGAAAAUGCGAUUAUCAUUUUCUAGAGAUCAUGGCAUGCCCUUCAGGUUGCUUGAAUGGUGGAGGACAGAUUAAGCCACAGCCCGGACAAUCCACAAAGGAGUUGAUUCAGUUAUUACAAGCAGCUUAUAUGGAAAAUGUCUUGGUUGCUGAUCCUUUUGGAAAUCCUUUGGUGCGAAACUUAUACGAUGAGUGGCUUGAGCAUCCUGGCUCAGAGAAAGCUAAGCGACUCUUUCACACAGAGUACCACCCUAUCGUGAAAAGCCUAACUUCUCAGUUGCACAAUUGGUAAAUGCCACCUUCCAAACUCCAGUUUUCUCAACAACAUGCGGACAUCCCGUGACGGUCCAUCUGAGUACCGAGGCUUGUCAUCUUCUGGGAGUCGUCAAAUUUUUGAUAUAGAGAACUAAUAUUUUGUUCACAGUUUUUUCCAAACUGAUUUGUAUAGUAAAAUGACCUUAAUAGAAAAAGAAUCAAUUACAUGCGGUUGUAAAAACCAUAUAGAUCUUGCUUUCUAUUGUAUAUUGUUUUUGGUACACAAAUCUUGCGUUCUGUCGUGUAUCCAUUUUUGUUUCAAUCGUGCUCAA